AUGAAGUUUUCUACUUGGCGGUCCAAGACCGAAAGUGAAGUACAAGAGGUCAGUAAUUCAGUUGAUGACGUUUAUGAAAACCCUGCUGUUAAAAAAGAUGAGGAAUGCGUUGAAGAUUUAGAAAAAGUUUCAGACGUUGAUAUUAGCCGUAGAGCUAAUAUUGAUGAACAACUAAAAGAGUUAAAUCGUAAAGGAGAUGAAUUUAAGCGCGAUCAUGGAUUUUUCAAUAAUAUGAAAAAUUUAGAAUUUGAAACUAAUUUCAAAAAUAAAAAACAUAUGGUACUCAUGCUUGGUGUGUUUGCUUCAUUUGCUGGUAUACUAUCAGGUAUUGAUCAAUCUAUCAUAUCAGGCGCAUCCAUUGAAAUGAAUAAAAUGUUACACUUAUCUUCACAUGAAGCUUCAUUAGUUUCAUCAUUGAUGCCUUUAGGUGCGGUGGCAGGUUCCAUCUUAUUGACGCCAUUUAGUGAAAUGUUAGGUCGUAAAACAUCUUUGGUUAUUUCAUGUGGAUUUUACACAAUGGGUGCUAUAAUCUGUGCCGCGGCACUUAAUGUUCAGACCAUGUAUGCAGGUAGAUUUUUCAUUGGUGUUGGUGUUGGAUUGGAAGGUGGUGGUAUUGGUGUAUACAUUGCAGAAUGCGUUCCAUCUACCGUUAGGGGUCGUCUGGUUUCACUUUAUCAAUUUAACAUUGCUCUUGGUGAAUUAUUUGGUUAUAUCGUCGGUGUUAUAUUUUUUGAAGUUCAUGGAGGUUGGAGAUUUAUGGUUGGAUCAUCGUUAAUCUUUUCUACACUAUUAUUCAUUGGUUUGCUUUUCUUACCAGAAUCGCCACGUUGGUUAAUGCAUAAGGGCCGUGUGGGUGAAUCAUGGAACAUUUGGAAAAGGUUGCGGGAUGUCAGUUUGGAAUCUGAACAGUUGGAAUUUUUAGAGUUGAUCCAAGCCGCUAAUAACGAUAAAGAUUUACAUGCAAAUGAAUCAAGAUUCCAGGCUUACUUCGAUUUAAUUCGUAUCCCACGUAAUCGUCGUGCCCUAAUUUUUGCAUCGAUCAUGAUUGGUUUGGGUCAACUGACGGGUAUCAAUGCAAUCAUGUACUAUAUGUCUACAUUGAUGGGCAGAAUUGGGUUUUCCGAAAAAAGAUCUGUUGCCAUGUCAAUGGUCGGUGGUGCCGCGUUGUUACUCGGUACAAUACCUGCAAUUCUCUGGAUGGAUAAAUUUGGUAGACGUACAUGGUCAAUGACAAUUAUUAUAUUUUCCGUUGGUCUUGUCCUGGUCGGUGUCGGCUAUCUGAUCAAUAUUAAUACUAAUCUCGUGGCGGCAGAAGGUGUUUACUUAACGGGCCAAAUUCUUUAUAACAUGGCAUUUGGUUCGUAUGCAGCACUGACAUGGGUUUUACCAUCUGAAUCAUUUUCAUUGAGCACUAGAUCUGCCGGUAUGACCGUUGCAUCAGCUCUGUUGUACAUCUUUACCUUUACAGUCACAUACAAUUUUGAUCGUAUGCAAGCCGCUAUGACUUACACCGGUUUAACACUAGGCUUUUACGGUGGUAUUGCAGUGGUUAUCGGUAUUCCUUACCAAUUACUUUUCAUGCCGGAAACAAAAAAUCGGACAUUAGAAGAGAUCGACGGUAUUUUCAGCAGACCUACAAGGGAAAUUGUCAGCGAGAAUAUCAUGUGGUUGAAAAGAGGUAAACUAAGCUAUUAG